AACAAAAAAAAAAUUAAAUUAUCAAACACAUCCAUAUAAUGAACACCAACACCAAAUUCUCAGCAUCAACAUCCUAGUAAUCAAAAUCUAUUAAUAUUUAAAUCUUAUUUUCAUACUUGGAACUUCUCCCAAGCAAGCCUCUUAUUUUCCUUUGGGCAAUUAGCCUAAAAAAGCACAGGUUUAUCAUAUAAAAACUUCCAUAUAAUUGUUGCUGUCCUACCAAAUCUCUCAUUGCUACAUGACCCACGUUGAUUUAUUUUGAGCAAUUUUCUUUAACUUGGAUCUGUCGGUGCUUCGUCCCCUUUGUCCAUGCCACAUCUUGUCUUCUAGACAACAUGAGAUAACUCCUCCUCAAGUGCAACAUCCAACUUAGGAUCAAGCUUAUCAUACUCAACAGUAAGCUCAACAUCUAAAUUACGCUUUUCAAAUAUCUCCUCUGCAUCCUCCUCCUUUGGUGCCUUAACACCAAGCUUUUGAUCAGGCAAUGAAGGCUACUACUAUUGCACCUGUGAGUGUGGAUGGGUCAAAGUAGGCUAUUCUUGCUAGUGCAGCUGUAUGGCUCAUCGAGUCAAAGUGGGCUGUUGUUGUUGAGCUGCUACUCUGAGAGAGGCUGGCUCAAACUAGACAACUACUGCUAUGUGGGGACAACCUUAUGAGGCCCACAAAUAAGAUGUUGAAGUUGCUUUUGUGCUUUAUCUAGUGUAUUACUAGGUUCUUCAGAUGAUGACUCACCUCGAGUACCUCGUCCCAUAUCUGUAUACACAAAAUAAUAAAAUUACAUAAGCUUU